AUCCAAAGGCUUGCAUCCAUUCAUUUUUCGUCUUACACAACUAACUUCGAUCUCCACAUCGACCAACUUCCCAUUUUCUUCUUCUUUCUUUCCAAGGCAAGCUCCAAGGUCAGUUCAAUUGAAACAAGCUCUACCACCAUGUCCAUGUCCUCGUUGGCGGCCCAAUUGGCCGGUCUGAAUGACUCUGGUGCUGGUAGCAAUAAGAAUAAGAAGAAUGUUGGAUCGAUUCUUCCAACAUCGACCCGCCACGACGAUGCGGUUGGCCGAGGCGUGCAUCAUUCGGUGCAUGUGGGCCAUUCGCUCCACCAACUCCAGAGUCCCCGCUUUGCCCCAUCGCUGCUCUACGACAAUGCCAAGGCCGCGUCGGACAUGCCACUGGAGAUACUGUGGCAGAAUUGCGAUGCGGCAUUGCAAGAAUUAUCGGACGAGUUGUUGUAUCCACCCAUACAAGUCUAUCGAUCCGUCUGUCAAGAUUUGUUGUUGCGCCAACGACAUCAAAAACACAAAAAGACGUCCUUGACGCACUUGUUGACCAUUCUCAGUACACUGCUGCCGCAAGAUGUCGUCAAUUGUGGACACGUGCUGGAAUAUUUGGUGCGACGAUACAAUAUUCACGUGGCAGCCGCCGAUACACUGCUCAUGAUUCUAUUGCCGCAUUGCGACCAUCCGGCAUUGCAGACCAUGUUUCAUCGGGCUCUGGAAUUGGUCAAUAUCAUGGGAGACACACAACAACAUUCCUGGAUUUGGUUGCGACCGUAUGCUUCUGCCAGUAGUAGUAGUAGCGUACCACCCCGCCAAGUCGUGGCUCACAAUAUCGUGGCCAUCCUCCAACAAGUCUGUACAUUUACCCAAACUGUGGCCAAACUACAACACGAUAGUGAUCAUUCGGCAUCCAUCUUGUCCUGGAGUGCCACUGUGCUGGUGGAAGGAUUGCAUCAUUUGCAGACCAAACAAACCAUGCCCGCCACACAAGAAUCCGUGUUAAGAGUCCUGUUGCCCUUUAUUACCAAGGCGUGUGCUUCUGGCGGUACGCGAGAUUGGACUCUGUGGGGUCAUGUCGUGGCAUCGGUCGUGACGGAAACCAUGGAACUGGCACCGGCCGUCAAACAAUUGUUGUGUCAGAGUAUUUUGCAGGGCGCCGUUUCUACUAGUAGUAACCAGGUGUUGGGAGAUGCCUUGGUGGCCAUGACGGCCGUUUGUUUGCCACCCAAUGCCAUGAUUCCCGAUCCAUGGAAUGCCACCACCAAAACGUGGAAGGAAUGUGUCGUCAUGCCAUUUCCGUCCGUAUUGAAAUCCAUGUGGGAUCAACUAGUGGUGGAUACUGACAAUUUUACAGCCGUGCUGGGAGAAUUGCUCCAGGAACGACGAUUGGAUCGGUUGGGGGUUGGAUUGAUACUGCCCAUGACCAUUUGGGCCAUCCUGACGGUACCCAAGAAUGCCGAAACAGUCUUGUUGACAUGGUUCCGUGAUGAAACAUUGCGCCAUUGUUGUUGGAAGGAGUGGACCGAAGCCUUGUCGGAAUGGCUCGUUUGGAUGUUUGUACAAGAUUGCAUGAACGAUGACGACAAUAACAAUAACAAGAAGAACGACAAACAACAACUCGCGCUGGUGCAGGCACUCCUCAAAGAACUGCGACGUGUCGAUGCCAAAGCCUGUGAACAAGGAAUGGCAUUGGCGUUGCAAGAUGCUGCCGAUAACAUGGAGGAUUCCUCCGCACUGAGGGUGCUAUUGGAUGGGGUGAUACCUUCUACUGGUAGUAACACCAAAACUCGCUCGCAAACAUCGUCCUCUUCCUGGUUGCCACCUCGCGUGGCCCUCGAACAUGCCGAUGCUACCAUUCGGGUGCAAGCGAUCGAACAGCUCCUACAAGAAUAUACUACGGAACAAGAGGAUGAUGCCAUGGAUAUUGACAAUGACGACACGAAAGAAUCGCUGCAAGUGGCACUCGGACGGCGUUUGGCGUCGGAUGAUCACCCCAUGGUAGUCCUGGCAGCUGCCAAGGCGUUGCAGAGUAUUGCCAUUGAUGACGACGACAAUCAUCGACAGACAUUGGUAGAGAAUGCACUGCAAGGAUUGUAUCAAUGGACAUCCUUCCAGAAGACUUCUUCCAAAAAGAAGAGGAAGGAAAAGAAGCACAAGAAGAAGAAGAAGGAUCGCAAAGAGUCCUUGGAUUCAUCAGUAACAAGUAGUCAAGAUGACGGCGAGACACAGGAGUCCAUCAUUGUGCAGAUUCUUCAACUAUUGGGAGCAUCUUCGUCGUUGGAUUCAUCAUCGCUGGUGCUGGAAGCAUUGGUGGCCCAUUUGGAGCAUUGGAACCCAAUUGUCGUGGCUGCCGCUGCCGAUUCUCUCAUUCAGUCGCUGGACGAGAAAAAGCGCAAGGCAUCUACCGAUAGCGACACUCUUGCGGAUGCCAAGCGAUUGGUUUUGCUCGAGCGCCACGAGUUUUGUGCGAGUCUUUUGGUUUCCGAACUAGAAGAUCAAUCAAUGGAUACGACGACUGCCACUGGACGCAACAACAACAAGAUUGCCCAACAGAGUUUCCGACGUCGUAGUUUAUGGGUGAUGCUCCAAGCCAUGGCGGAGUACGUCAAGGACCCGAGCACGAACGUUGUAGUGGAGAAAGUUAGUGAAAUGGCUGCCCAGGCUUGCAUAUACUUGCUGUCAUCCAACCCGGAGAAAUUGGACAAAUAUCAAGCCCAAACAAUGCAGGAUGCUUGGGAAGUCAGUGCUCCACAUAUUGCCCAGACUCAGUAUUCAAGAAUGCUGGUUUCCUUGGCUUCAUUGUCUGACUCGCAGGCGACGCUGCGAGAUCGUUUGAUACUACGGUUGGUCGAACAAGCAAAGGAUCAGAAAUCAACUUCUGUAUCACCCUUCACCGUCCUCAUGGAAGCUGCACUGCAGGAAGCAGCUUCAGCCAAGGCCAUCAGACGGCUUCUCAGCGUUGUCACUGAUACUUUUCUUUCUGACGACAAGAAGUCCAACGGGUCCUUUUGGCUAUGCGUGGUACCAACGCUGGCGCUGAUGGAACACUCCAAUGAACUAGUGCGAGAGCAGGCUCUGAAUCUCUUGUCGACUUUGGAAAAGCUGCUGCAAGCCUCGAAAAAGUGGGGAAGCUUGGCUGUCGUCUGCCAGAAAGUGUUGGAAAAGCGAUCUUCUGCAGCCAUGGGAGGAAUCACCUUCUUGCCGUUGUCGCUGGCAGCUGCAGUGCGCAAAGCGGACGGCAACGCCCUUCGGAAGUGUCUCUUUUCCUUGUGUGUUGCUGCAACGGAUGGAUGCGGUUGCGACUUACCUCGUGACACAGCGAGUGGGUUGGAAGGAACAUCAUGGCUACCGUUUGGUCACUCGAAUGGCCACAUUGGGGCAGCUGUUUCGAUGCUACGCGCCAUGGAGCUUGCGGGGGAAGAUGCAUUCCCUUUAGAGGGACGCUGGAACCAAUUUGGUGCUCCCAUUUUGAAGCUUCUUCUAGACUUCAAGAAUCUCGACGACAAGGAGAUUCCACCUUCUGUUUCGCUCAUGUGCGAUUGUGUUGUUAGUAUGCUGAAGGGCAUCACAGUGGCUGAUGCCAGUGCAUUGGAUAACGUAGUAAUCUCAACUGGCCCGAGCUCGUCGGGCAGGCGACAACGCUCUUACUCGGUUGGAAAGGCGGAUGGAGCAACAUUCAUCGACCCAUACCCCAAACCAAUGGUCACGGCCAUUCUCAACAUCAUCGAGUCUGCCCGAAGGGAUCAGACUCGCGCGACGCAAUUCAUCUGCGAAACGUUUGCCACCAAGGUCCUAGGGCGAGAAUCAUGGGCAACAUCGGUGUUCAAAAGGUUUGCGAGUGACGAAAGACGAAGCAUUGCUGGUGCAACGUUGCGCGUGUUGGCUGAAGCUGAAUUGCACAUUGAUAUGGCAUAUUUCCUGGGGCUCCCGUUAGAUGCGGCCGACGUCACGCAUCUUCAAGCCGAAUGCGGAAAGAGAACUGAUGGACUUGCGGCACUAUCUAUCCUGGCAGACUAUGUCCGAGCAAACAGCGACACUCUGAUGGCUUCAGCGCAUGCGGCAAAGUUAGUGAAAGCUCUAUUCGAGUCGCUUUCGACUCUUUCGGAUGCAGAAGCUGUUGAAAGCGACAAUGUUGAGUUUGUCAGGCAACUGACGCUCUCAGCGCUGGUGGACCUCCUGUCCAGCAGCGCUGCAGCCGACGGCAAUUUGAAACUUACGGACAAGAAAGUCAAGGAGUUUGUGGAUCUACUGCUUGCUUUGAAUUCAAGUGCAACAACUGAUGGCAUUCGUCUGCUGGUCUCCCAAAGGGCGAAGGAAGCUUCUCUUUCGUUGCUGAUGUCCUUGUGCUCCAACUUCCCGAAGCCUGUGGUGUCAUCUCUCAUCCCUGCAAUGACAUCCCAAAUCGAAGCUGUUCAAAGCGCAGAAGAAGACGAUGGUGCCGGAGAACAACUGCACAGCACUUUUGCUUCCAUUGUACCGGUAUUUUGGAAGUAUGCUUCACAUGCUGGCCUGUCGUUCUCUGAUCUCCUUGGUGCCUUCGUCUUUUCUGCUCGCAACAUUUCGAACCACCGGAAAAAGUCAAACGUUUAUCUUUCUUUUGUACGCGCUGUCGCUGGGUGCUCCUUUGCUGGACAAGCUGACGCAACUGUCGGUGCGGUUGUUGCAUGUUACUUCGCGGGCGAAGUGAAUUCUUCGGUUGAAAAGGUCAAGGCAGACAUGCCACCUGCUGUCUCAUUUGCGCUGCAGCUGGCUGAGGAGGCACCCGCCACGUCGCAAGUUUCGUCAUUAAACCUCCUUCUGCAAUAUGCAAAUGGUCUUCUACGAAUGCUGCAACGGUCCGCAGGAGAGUCCCCGGCGUCACAUCCCAGCUCACAUGUGCCGCCGGCUAGCGAGAUUUUGAGUUUGGCGCUGUCGGGCUCAAAAACAAAAACAAAGCGGAGUCCCUCUCGGAAGUCCAGCCAAGAAGAACAGAAAAGUGUCAUCAUCAUGACGCUGGUCCAAGGAAUCCUAAUGACAGUGAAUGAUGCAAUGCUUCUAGAGACGGUCCGAAAAUUCAUCCGUCGAAGUGAACGCAGUCACACCGCUCUGUGCCUUCAGCUGUGGCAGGAUAUGCUGAUAGUUCAAUCCACAGCAUCCAUGACUGCGUCCGAGCUUGGAGAGGAAGACGCUGCCUACUGGGAGACUUUGAUCCGCGUUAUUGGCGAAGCGCUUGAGCAAGUCCAGGCUUUGAUGCCGCUUCCAAUAUUCCUUGCUUCCGCCACUUCCCUCAUUAAAGACGGGGAGACAGAUGACCUCAGGGCGGGUGCUAUACGGCUCGUUGCGGACAGGGCACCUGAAGUCCGCCCUGGAUCUCCUGAGGCCUCGCUCUUCUUGGAAAUGGCUUCUUUGCUACAUGUAGUUGGAUUCCUAAAGUCACCUGAAGUUCAGUCGAAAGGAGACGGGCAGUAUCAGUUGCAACAAGCCGCUCUCGUUGCGAUUGAACACAUUGCGAGAGCAGCCGGUACUAAUGCCGACAGUGACAAGAAACGGUCUACUGGUAGUGGUGGAAUGAAGGUUUUCCUUUCGGCACUGCAGGGGUGCUCUGAUCUAUUCGUGAAGAUUUGUGGCCCGGCGAAGAAGGCGAAGGUUGAUAUCGGUCAACUUGAUGACCUGUCUCUCAAACUGUUGUCCAGUGCGGCAUUGUGCACUGCUACGCUGGUGCGGGUCACGGCGCCCAAGUGUCUUGCCUUGCUACCCAAGUUCAUGAAUCAACUCGUUGCCUGCCUCUCUUCGUUGAACGGCUUCGUUUCAUCGAUUCAGAAAGACCAACAAGAGCUUGAAAGCGAAGCUAGAAUGAUGCAAGUCUGUUUGCUUCGGGGGCUGGCGGCGGUCGCGGAGAGUGUUCCUCAGUUCAUCUACCCAUACAUGAAGCAAUUGCUGGCACCAUCCGCACUUCCAUCCGGCGCACUGCACGGGAAAAAUGUAGAUUCAACGGUGGUCCUCGCUGCAAACACGCUGGAAAAGAGCCUUUCAAAGCAUGUUCCAGCCCGGGUUCUGAUUCCCGUGGUUGCCUCUUCGAUGGCCAACCUCCAGGGCCCCGGAGAAGUGGAAGUUCUCUUGAGAAUGCUCAAGCUGUCAGUGGAGGCGUCUCCUGGAGCGGAAUUGGCCGGCCACUUGGGUUCGCUCCUCAAAGCAGUGACUGCGACAUAUGAUUUUGAUUGCGAGCUACGUCUCCGUUAUGACUUGAUCGAUGGAGCGAACGAAGUUGUCCUCGCCCUUGUAAUGAAACUUUCCGAGAACCACUUGCGCCGAUUGUUUUCCAAUUUGAGAGAAUGGAAAGGUCAGCUUAGUGUCGAUAGUCCGGAAGAGUUGGCCAUCCGAAGAGUGGCUUUCUGGAAGGUUUCCGCAGUGCUGAGCAAGGAGCUACGAACGAUUAUCUUGCCUUGCUUAAGCACGGCGCUGCAAGAAGCCAUGGACGAGCUGAACCUCUUUGUUUCCCAGUUUUGCUCGUCGAAGAAAUCGGAGAAAUCCAAAGACGGAACGAAGAAGCGCCGUCUUGACAGCGACGAUGCUAAAGAAGAACCUUCUCCCUCAUUCUCGUCCAAUGCCAUGUUGCCACUUCAACCUUUACUGUCAUGCUUGGAGUUUGCGAUUCGUGCCGAUGCCCAAGACGGCGGCAAAUGGAUUCGUGCCGGGGACGACGGAGAACGCUACCGAUCGCUAUUGGAUCCUUUGGGGAAACUCCUGCACGCCAAGUUGCCUGCAGACUUUCCUCUCGUGGCCUCUGGCGGUGAUGCCGUAGGCAACCCUUUCCAAGAAGUUGUUCAAGGAGGGGACGAUACCGUUGGAGCCAGUAGCAGUGGUCGAAGUACCGGGAGCGUACUUGGGUGUAUGACGGCCUUGGCCAGUGCCGCUGGCAAUGAGCAGUUGUGGAAACCGCUGAACUACGCGAUUUUGGAUGCCUGUGGUAGUCGAAGCCGAGCAGAGGUUCGCAAAGCUGGAUUGUCCUGUUUGCUGUCGGUCAUGAAAUCGCUGGGCGAAGAGUACAUGGUGCUGCUUCCAGAGUGCCUUCCGGUUUUGUCAGAGCUGUUGGAAGACAAUGAUGAAGAAGUUGCUGGAUUGGCACAAGAUUGUAUCACACUAGGAGAAGACUUGCUGGGAGAAAGCCUAGAAGACAAUCUACGAUGAGCGGGCACGACGCGACGGGAUUGUAUUUAGUUGAUGUUAUAGAUUAGUAACAAACAUGCCAAUCAUGGAAGUGCUACAGUCAAUGUUUGAUUUUAAAGUUAGUUGCAUUACUCCACC